UCUUGCCCACCUCCACUCGCCCCAUAAAAACGGCAGGGCCACCGACCCCUUCCCCACCACGAGCACACACGGAAAUUCCCAUUUUCCUCCGGCCGAUUUGGCCUCUCCAGCACCCACCCAGGCCACUCGCUACAGCGUCACGGCAACGCCAUCAGGGACCAAAAAGGAAAGCCGAGGAGGGGGCGGGCGGGGCAAGGAGCUACGGCCCGCCGAACCCUACUACUACACCGCAGCCACCAUCUCACCUCACCGCCGCGCCUCCCUUGCCAUUUUUGGUGAGUCUCCAUUUGCCGUCCUAGCUUAGAUCCCCUUCCUCCUCCACCGGGGUUUCCACUUUUCGCCCUGCCCGGCCGCCCCAAUUCGGAUAACUCUCUCACUUCUCCUUCUUCCUCCCCUCUCGCCACCACCACCACAGCUUGACCGGACCGAUCAGGAGGAGCAGGAUUUUCGGAUUUGGGGCGGAUCGAUCGGAAGAAAGGAAGGAUGGUGCGGGGGAAGACGCAGAUGAAGCGGAUAGAGAACGCCACCAGCCGCCAGGUCACCUUCUCCAAGCGCCGCGGCGGCCUGCUCAAGAAGGCCUUCGAGCUCUCCGUCCUCUGCGACGCCGAGGUCGCGCUCAUCGUCUUCUCCCCACGCGGCAGGCUCUACGAAUUCGCAAGCGCCAGGCCGACAAUGAAACUGUGUUUGGGUGUGGCUGUUAAUCCCAUGCAGAGAACAAUUGAACGCUAUAAAACAAGCACAAAGGACAACAUCAGAAGCCAGACGGUACAGCAAGAUAUAGAGAAAAUAAAAGCUGAUGCUGAGGGUUUGUCAAAGAAGCUUGAAGCACUUGAUGCUUACAAAAGGAAACUUCUGGGUUGUAAUUUGGAAGAAUGCGCUAUUGAAGAACUGCAAAGCUUAGAGGUCAAGAUUGAGAAAAGCCUCGUUAGCAUCAGAGCUAGAAAGGCACGGCUCUUUGAAGAGCAGCUCGCUAAGCUGAAACAGAAGGAGGUAACGCUGCGCAAGGAGAACGAAGAUCUAUUGGGCCAGCGCAAGAACGAGGAACAGCUGGCUGCAGCUGCGGCUCCAGUGGCGGUGGCGGCAGCGGAGCAGAGUCAUCCUCAGCCGGAGCAGGAGAAGGAUGAAAUGGAGGUGGAGACGGAGCUGUUCAUCGGGUUGCCUGGCAGAGGUCGCUCCUGAGAGGUAGCUGGCUGGCGUCUGCAGGAUACAUGAGCAGAGUGAGGCCAUGGUGAAGAGAAUAAGCUGGAGAUGGGAGAUGCAAGCAGCGACAAACAAAGGGCAACAGCAGCCUUGCAGCAAUUACUACUACAGCCUAAGAAAACCAAUUGCGUCGUGUGUUGACAGUGACAAACCUGUAUCGAUCGAUCCUCCGCGAACGGAAGAUAGAUAGGAACACCCCUGUGCAGCUGCCCCCGGAAUCCUGUGAGAUCUGAAAAAUUCAUGCAUAUAAGUUGAUUGUUUGGUGUUUGCUUCC